AUGUUUUUAAAAAUUUCAAUAUUAAUCGCACUGCUGGCUUUGGGUAUACAGGCUUUACCCAAUAAGGAGCAGCAAUUGCAGCAACAAGCAACACUUGAAGAACAAAUAGCGGCAUGGGCCUCCUUCUCACCGCCGGUAAAUAGCGUGCAGAAGGUGGAUGCUGGAUCGGCUAUACAACAGCAGCACCAUGUCAUACACCAUCAAGAGGUGCCACUGCAUGGCCAUCCAAGCGAAUACCCAAGCAUACACGCAGGCUCCAUGGACAAUACAAUUGACACGCACUCCCACUCGCCCAUACCAACACAACCUGCUGCCGGGCAACCCAAUCAGCAGAAUGAUAACGAAAAGGACCGCCACUACGCGCCUUACCCAUAUUUCCCCUACUAUGAGGAUCAAGUCAUUGUCUAUCCACAAAAUGAUGAAGACGUACGUGACUCUACCGAAGAAGAGCAGGAGGUAUGGCCACCCGUUGGUAUAUAUCCGCCACCACCGCCGCCAUCCACAAUAAGGCCAACAUUUUAUCCACCUUAUUAUCCGACAUUGCCAACGAAACCAACGGCACGUCCAACAGUGACAACCACAAUACGUCCACGUCCACCACAAUAUCCACCAUUGUAUCCGAGUUAUCCGAAACCACCACAAUAUCCUUUGUAUCCGUUGGAUCAGCUACCGCAUUUGCCACAAUAUCCCCGUCCCACGACUGCGAGACCGACUACUACUACUACUACUACACGCCGCCCGACCACUCAACGCCCCACUACUCAACGUCCUCCGUACCAGAAACCGGGUGCUGGUGCUGAUGCUGUAGUGCUGGAGAGUUAUCAGGUACUCUCCGAUAAGGGUAUCACAGCGUACAAAUUGCGUCUUAGCAAUGGCCUGAAUGAUUACAAGAAAAUAACGGAGAAGCAGGUUGGUAAGGACACCAUUUAUGUGCAGACUGGUUACUACUCUGUACCGGUGAAUCCAGAGAAAAAUGAAUUUGUCAUCUACCGUUACAUUGCCGACGAGAAGGGUUAUCGCAUAACUGGCGUGCAAACUUGCGCAGACGAAGCCCAGUGCCUAAUAACUUUGGGUAACUAAAUUUGGAAAACUGC